AUUUUUGUUUGUUGAAUUAGGCUGUUUGUCUUGAGUAUGUGUUUACAAAGCGAUGGCAAUGUCACACAGACGGGAAUUCGAACCAAUUUAUUUCGUAGAUUAGACGAUUUACUGCUCAGUUGUAUUUCUUAAAUCGUAAGUUUUAUUACGUCAUAUCGUGAUGUCGACCACAAGUCAAAAGAUUCAAACAAUCAAGGAACACAUCAAAGGAUAUCCAGACUUUCCAACCAAAAAUGUAUUAUUCAGGGAUAUAUUUUCUGUGCUGAAACAACCUUCGAUCUUUGCAUUACUGAGAGAUAUUAUGCUCGAACACACCAAAUCACUUGACUUUGACUGUGUAAUUGGCUUGGACAGUAGAGGAUUCCUGUUUGGGCCCAUCAUAUCCCUGGAACACCAAAAACCAUUCAUCCCAAUUCGAAAAAAAGGAAAACUGCCUGGAGAAGUUACAAGCGUUUCAUACAAAUUGGAAUAUGGAGAGGACAUAUUUGAAAUUCAGGCUGAUGCUAUAAAAUCAGGGGACCGUAUUCUAAUAAUAGAUGAUCUACUUGCUACUGGUGGCAGCCUAUCAGCAUCAUGUGAACUGGUUCAAUUGGCAGGGGGUAUUGUUGUCGAAUGCCUUGUGGUAAUGGAACUGGCAGAGCUCAAAGGUCGCGACAAGUUUCAAUCGAAAGUACAUUCCUUCAUACAAUAUUAAUGUUUUGUUAAAUAAAUAUUUUCUAUUAUA